UUGAUUGACGCGCUUUGACUUUUCAUAGUUUGAAUGGUUAAUGGAAUUUAAUUUAAAUACGUGAAUAUACAGUUGUUUUUUGGGUCGAAAUAAAUAUAUUAGUAUACUAUGAGUGAUCAGGACAUAAAAGUGCAGACGUUCAACGACCUGCGCCUUGCAGGGGACCAGCUGGACCAGAUUCCGUUGAAAAAAGUGUCACGAAUAUCGCUGAACAGCCUCCGCCGGCAGGACAGCGACAUCGAAGUGUACGAAUUUAUACUCGGGCAGAUAGUGCAUCGUUACGCACCGAACGAUUUUGAAGCGGAAGUAUCGGCGGUUCUCUUGCCGGAACUGCUAAAACAUUUGGAUAAGAUUGUGAUUGAACUCAAGGACAAUGCUCUCUCCUGUUUUUUGAUAGACAACCUCAAAUCAUUCUUAUCCUUUGCCAAUAUCCUGCUAAACUUUGCCGAGUACGUUUAUCAAGUAUCGGAAGCAUAUCAACUGUACAAAACCACAACCAUCUUUCUGGAGUUUCUAGUGCGCAGCUAUGGCAUUGUUUGCCGCAGCAAAGCGACAGCCAACCGCGAUUCCAACGAACAGGAUAUCGUUCAGCAGAUUUUCACAAUUUGUCAGAGGAUUCAGCUCAUGGUGGUGCAUCUGUUGGCGCCGUCCGACAAGGCAAGCCCUUACUUCCAGCAAAUAGGUGUGGAAGAACAGUUUCAAUGCUUGCAAGAUGUGAUAGUUACAUUAUGUAAAAUAGGAUCGCUCACUGUUCGGCUGGACAACAUACGGUGUACAGAAGCUUGGAAGGCAGUUGGAAAACUCUGUUCUCUACAUGAAGGCGCAAUAAAAACAACUGAUACUGCGUGGUUGCAUCCGUUGAUCUUCAAAAUCGAUAAUGAAAUUGAGUCAGCAUUUAAAAUGUUGCUAGAAAACAAGGCGUUUACAAAAAAUGACGUAGUUAAACUGAAACUUAUUAAUCUGAUGUUGCGAGUCCUGAUAAAAAUUCUGCAGUUCAUAAAUACUGACGAGUUUGAUGAAUAUCAUAGUAUUUUAAAAACAAUCGUUACCGUUGAGGAUGCACUCCAGUCGAGAGGUAUAGAUUUGGAACUGGCCGAAGCAAUAAGGCAAUAUUUGCUUGUUGGUUACAUGAAUGUUAUUGGCCUAGUUUUCAGAUCGAAAAGCUUUGCUAAGGCCUUAACCUCAACAAACUACCAAUCAACGGAAGAGAUAGCAGCGUUUUACAACAUUAUCAUACAAGUACUAUCGAAAGUGCUGUCUGAAAGCCGAAACAUCAAUAUUGUCGAGCUAUACGUGGUGGACUGCAGGUUUUUGGAAAAUUGUAUCGGCUACAUAUGCAAAAGUCAUCGAUUGUUCAAUCAGGAUUCAAGUCUCUACCGUAAAUUGUUGGUUCAUCUGUCGGCGUUUGUUUUAAUGUGUUCUAAGUAUGUCGAGAAAAAGCAUCAGAAAAUGAUCGAAGAAACUUUGGUGCACAUGAUUCUUCAUGAAUCAUAUUGGGUUAAAUUGUUGGGAUUGGAUAUAUGGAGUAUCUAUUUGCGAUAUAAUUCUGUGGAACUUCUUUGGCAGUAUUUGAACUUCUGGAAAGCUAUAAACGAUCGGUUUCCAGUUGUUGUCGCACAGCCUAAGGUGAUAUUUGUGAGAAGAUUGAUUCAUAAUAUAUUUUUGUUCAUGCCGAACAGCAUGCAACAGAAAGUGCUAAUAGAAUAUCCAAUAAUGGUAGAUAGUAAUCAUAAACUAUGGAUUGCUAUCGGUAUACAAUCUGUAGAAAAACAUCUGACAAUGAAGACUAAGCAAUCGUUACAACAACUUAUGAAACAGAACUGUUCCAUUCUACUUAAAAAACCUACAGUUGAUAUGUUUUAUAGAUCACUUGAUGUCAUGUAUCUGAUUUCCAGUUGUCGCGAUAAAGAUAUUCUGCAAGCCAUAGAACCCGAUAUAAUUGUGUUAUGGAAUAGGUUGAAACUAAAUGAUCGUUGGACAGCGAAGUCUGAUUCGUUGAUACAGGCUCUCGUGGUGAUAGUUGUGCGGUUAGCUGAACUCCAAAUUUGCUCAAAAGGCUUGAGCACCGCUGUAUUUGAAAAAACUUAUAACAAUUUGUUUAUGUUAAGUGAUUCCUUAAAGCUUAAGCUUAUAGAGCUUGCAUGCAUCAUCGUAGACAACGCUGAACAAAUUCUACCUCUUCUUGCUGCAGACCGAAAUGAUCUUGUGAAAGAAACGGCAUUGUUUAAUUUGGAGCAGUUGCAACAAUCUCGAAAAGCUUGUGUUGAUUUCAACGAAACCAUAUCUUCAGCUUUGGCGAAACUUAACAAAGAUCUGAACAAAUCAAAUCGUGGUUUCAAACAGACACAUUCCAAUUUUGACUCCUCGGAACAUCGAUGCUACAAAGAGUGCGAAGCAGUACAAAUCACUCAACAUAUUAGCGAUCGGAUCGAUGAGCUUUUCCCCGACGACGAUGAUGAUGCAUUCCAAGUGUCCUUGGAAAAAGUCACCCGUAGUGAAGAAGCUAGUCCUAGUGUGAAACGCAUAAGACUAAGCUGCUCAAAAAGUGUGCCCGAUGUUGGUGCUUUGAACCAGAGCGCACAUGGUGUUAGUGGAGCAGCGAAUGAAGCAAUUUGUGAGAUAAAGAAACAGUUGAAUAUUUUGCAACAGCUGUAUAAGUUAAAAAAGUUGAGCGGGAGUGAGCUAAUGGAAAUUCGAAAGCUUGGUGACUCUUUGACACUUCUUGAAGAAAAAUAAACGACUGGAUAUGGUA